AUGGCUGCCGAGCUGGAGUUCUCUCCACCUGAAAUCCCUGAACCCACAUUCAUGGAGAAUGUGCUACGCUACGGACUCUUCCUUGGAGCCAUUUUCCAGCUUAUCUGUGUGUUAGCCAUAAUCCUACCAGUUUCCAAGUCCCACAAGACAGACUCGGACAGUUUUGAGCCUAAGAGUUCAGAAGUAGUGAAGAAGCCAAAGGCAACUGCUCCACAGAUGAGCAAGAAACCCAAGAAGGAAACGAAAAAGAAACGAUAAAGGCCUUGCUACUGCCAUUCUUUACCUGUCAGGGGACAAGGGAGUGGACUGGGAGGGCUUCUGCAUAGAUUUCUAACAAGCGAAGAGAGCUUCAUGUAUCCAGGACUUCACUCGACAUGAUUAAUGUUUCAGUCAUCAUCAAAGUGACUUAUCUCUUGUCUGAUGGGUAGAAAGGCUUGUGGUCUUAUCUCUUCUGCCCUGGCCAGGAUUGCAUUAAAGUCCCUGUGGAAGGUGGAGUGUGGGUUUGCUACUGCAGAUACCACUUUUAGUUGUAUUUUUGAAAGCAGAGGGAUCAAAUGGAUCAAGGAUACCACACUACACAGCUUUGUAUUCAUCUGUAUUGUCAUCUUGCCUGAAAUACAUAGCUGCAUUUUAUGGCUUAAUAAUAA